AUGUCUUCCAUGCACACUUCUUCUCUCUUCGACGUCAAGAACAAGGUCGUCCUCGUCACCGGAGGCAGCCGAGGAAUCGGCUUGAUGAUCGCCCACGGAUUCGUAGUGAAUGGCGCAAAGGUGUACAUCUCGUCCCGCUCAGCAAGCGUCUGCGACAAGGUCGCCGAGGAGCUGUCGAAGCUCGGGCCUGGCCAGUGUAUCUCCCUCCCUGCCGAUCUCCAGAGCAUUAAGGAGGUCAACCGAUUGGUCGCCGAGUUGACCAAGCGCGAGUCCAAGGUCCACGUCUUGGUCAACAACGCCGGUGCCACUUGGGGCGCACCAUUGGAGACAUACCCAGACGAAGCAUUCGAAAAGGUCAUGAACCUCAACCUCAAGCGCGUCUUCUCCCUCACCCAAGCAAUGCUCCCCCUCCUCGACGCCGCAGCCUCCGAAAAAGCGCCUGCAUCCAUCAUCAACAUCGGCUCCGUCGACGGAAUCCACGUCCCCACCCUCGAGACCUACGCCUACUCGGCCUCCAAGGCUGCCCUCCACCAGAUGACCCGUGUUCUGGCAGGUCAUUUGGGUCAUCGUCAGAUUACUUGUAAUGCCAUUGCGCCAGGGCCCUUUGAGUCCAAGAUGAUGGCGGCGACGUUGAGGGAUUUUGGAGAGAUGAUUGUCGGUAGUAUUCCUUUGGGACGGAUUGGGUUGCCUGAGGAUAUUGCGGCGACUUGUAUUUACUUGGCUUCGAGGGCUGGCGCUUACACCACGGGUGCUGUUAUCCCUGUCGAUGGUGGCUCCUUGGUUCGUGCCAAGGCAUAA